GUAAGAAAUACUUCUCGGGGAAAAAAAAAAAAAAUGACGCCUCCACUUAAACACUCGCUGUCGCUCCGUCACAAGGAAGUCUCAAAUUUUCUAGCGAGAGAAACUGUUGCUGCCAUGGCUGCUCCUAAUCCUACGCACCUCCCGGACCACUUCAAGUGUCCGAUUUCGCUCGAGAUAAUGUCCGACCCGGUUAUCCUGUCUUCGGGUCACACCUUCGACCGGUCUUCAAUCCAGCGCUGGCUCGACGCCGGCCACCGGACUUGUCCGAUUACCAAACUACCCCUCCCUGAUUGCCCUUCCCUCAUCCCCAAUCACGCUCUCAGAAGCUUGAUUUCAAGCUAUUAUCAUAUCUCAUCAUUCAAGCAGCAUCCUCCUCCCCAACCGGAAACCCUAGUUUUUUCCAUUACCUCUCGCUCGUCGUCGCUGGAGAGCAGAAUUGAAUUGCUGGACCAACUUACGCGCCUUUCCAAGCGUGACUCGGUUUUCCGUCGGCGGUUGACUGAGUCAGGAGUCGUGUCGGCGGUGCUGCACUGCGUUGACUCUGGUGAGCCUAGUCUACAGGAGAAAGCGCUUUCGUUGUUGCUCAACCUUAGUCUCGACGACGAUAACAAGGUGGGUUUGGUGGCGGAGGGUGCGAUCGGGAAGGUUGUGGCUGUUCUGUUAGGUGGCUCAUCGGAUUGCCGAGCAGUGGCGGCAACCAUGUUGACGAGUUUGGCGGUCGUGGAGGUGAACAAAGCCACCAUUGGUGCGUAUCCAUAUGCUAUAGGAGCUCUUGUUUCUCUUCUUCGAGAUGGUGAAGGCAGAGAGAAGAAAGAAGCGGCCACAGCGCUCUAUGCUAUAUGUUCUUUUCCAGAUAAUCGUAGGAGAGCCGUAGAAUGUGGGGCAGUCCCGAUUUUGUUAAGAAGUGUUGAUUCUGGUCUUGAAAGGGCUGUUGAAGUUCUUGGUGUGCUGGCUAAGUGUCGGGAAGGUAGAGAACAAAUGGAAAGGUAUAAUGGAUGCGUUCAGAUUUUAGCGCGGGUGCUGAGAAAUGGAAGCUCGAGGGGAAUUCAAUAUGCCUUGUUGGCACUGAAUUCCCUUUGUAAUAGUGAAAAAAUGGUUCUGGAGGCGACUAAAGGGGGAAUUUUGGAGAUUUGUCUGGGAUUACUGGAGGAUGAUAAUGAAAAAAUAAGGAGAAAUUCAUCCAGUUUGAUUAAGGUUCUGCGUGGCAAUCGUAGGAAGAGUUGAUAGGAAAAUCAAAGUAUAUUGAGAAACCGGAAAGAGUCAAUUUUGAUAAGAUUUAUUGUCAGCCGUGGAGGUGAGUCGGGUGAUUUGUUGUUUUCCCCCCUACCUUGUUGGUUAGGUCCUGUACAAAAUGAUGAUUUUGUGGUCAUAGGGUUCUUUUGUAUCUUGUACAUUGAAUAAAGAUGAUGGGGUAGGUUUCUGUUCUUAGGCUCUCAGCUGUGAUAAGGUAGAAGUUGCUAGUUGGUCCUGUCGAAUUGUAAUCUUUCAUAGUUCCAGAUUCUUGGUCUUCAGGCAAUGAUCAUAUACUGAUUAAUCUUGCUGUUUUCGAGUUUUUCCAAUAAUGUAUAGGUAUACUUUAAUGAACGAAUUGUGAGUUGAGUUUCCAA